UAACUUCUAAUCCAAAUUUAAAUAUUUCCUGUGAAGCCCAAUACUAAUAAAAGCCCAUGUAAAGGCCCAUUACAUCGUCAUAUCCCCGAAGUGCGACAGUCACCGUUCAGUUAAAACUCAAAACUAUCCGACCAGACCAGACCAAGACGAAACCAUGAUGCUUAGCCACGCAACUUUCGCCCGGAAAACGCCACUCGUGUUCAAUUCUCUUGGUGUUUCCUGUAAUGACAGUCGAAGAAAUCUAACUGGAGCUGGUUCGAGCAGAGCUAUUUCGUUUGGUUACAGAAACGGUUCACUGAAUUUUGGCCGUAUCAAUUGGUCUGGUCGUCCCGGAACUGGCUUUAGCCAUCUGGGUCGGGUCUCUUCGGUCCCAGGUGGAGGUUCAGGUGAUUCCGGCGGUAUUGGUGGAGGUUCAGGUGGUGGUGGUGGUGGUGGUGGAGGUGAAGAUAGCGGCGGAAACGGAAACAAGUGGUCAUUUCUGUCAUGGUACUUGGCUCUCCUCUCGGGUUAUCCUGUUUUGACCAAAUCCGUGACAUCAGCACUUUUGACCCUCAUUGGUGAUUUAAUCUGUCAGCUUACAAUCAAUAAGACCUCAUCUCUUGACAAGAAGAGGACACUCACGUUUACCAUCUUGGGCUUAGGGCUUGUCGGUCCAUCUUUGCACUUCUGGUACUUGUAUUUGAGCAAAGUGGUGACAGCUUCCGGAUUAUCAGGCGCAGUUUUGCGACUUUUACUGGACCAGUUUGUUUUUGCUCCAGUUUUUGUUGGAGUUUUCUUAUCAGCUGUUGUGACGCUUGAAGGAAAACCAUCAAACGUCAUACCGAAGCUAAAGCAGGAGUGGACUGGUGCAGUUCUAGCAAAUUGGCAGCUUUGGAUUCCAUUUCAGUUUCUUAACUUCAGAUUUGUUCCACAAAACUUCCAGGUACUCGCUUCCAACGUAGUUGCUUUGGCUUGGAAUGUGAUCUUAUCAUUCAAAGCUCACAAAGAAGUUGUGACAAAGUAGGAAUGUUUCAUUCCCUACAGCUACAUGUGUUGUUGGAUUGUAAUCGGCAGAGUUUUGGGGACAGAGUUCUUGUCUGCUGAAUGCAAAUGUUCGCACUUUUUUCAUGAAUGUUGAAACAACCUUUUGUCUUUAAACACAAUGGCAGAGCCCCCACAUUUCAUGUUUGACUAACAGUUUCCAAAUAAUUUGAAAUUUGGUUCAAUU